GGCUUCCUCACACCACGACUUCCACAUUGCCAGAGCUUAAUCGUAUACAUUCUCUGGGUUCAAUGCCUCUGCAGCGAUGGUGACAUCCGGGUCAACGAUGUCAGACGGCUCAUGUCCCUCUUUUGUACCCAUUACCACUCGAGCGGACUUCUUCUCUCCAAGAUAGCUCCACGACAGGCGCUCUCUUUCUUAUACGCAGUCAGCUUGAAAAGAGACGCACACGCACUAUCCAGGGGAACAGACUGCCGCCAAGGUACAGCGCAGAUGGUGUCGACUACCAUAGGAUUGGAAGCAUGGUUCAUCAAUUCUCUGGCCAGCGCUGGCAAUUGUCGCAGACACAGCACAAGGUCUACACAGGACCAUUUAGCACUACAGAGGCCUUAUCUGUCGACGAAGAUACGGCAAAGAUCCAGUCUAGAUUUCCUUCGAUACAAGCAUGGCGAACCCAACCCUGUACAAGAAUUCAAUUUUCCUGAGAAUCGUACUCGAGAGGAGCUCCUGGAACUGGUGGAUCAAUACAGCGGAAAUUCCUACACAGAUCAACUACCUUUGAUUGAUCUUCCAAAACUCUAUCAGCCAAGCGAUGGACCGCAUCUUACAGUUUCCGACAAGCCUGAAGACGAAUGGCCACCUCCCCAUCAUGCAUGGCCUGCAGAUGAAUCUACAAAGAUCAAACUUCAGGCUCUCAUGCUAGCCUUACAGGACUAUUCGAAAGAUCCACAAGAGAUCUAUCAGCUUUACAGAGCUCUUCCUGAACCUCGAGCCCCGUAUCUUGAGUCUAGAAUACGGCAUAAAAUGCUUCGGCAUUUAUCAAUUAUGGAACGCAAAGAUGAGCACUCGAUGCUCCGCUAUCUCUCUGUUGUCGAUGAUAUGAAGGGAUCCGCCAUACCAUUGAGUUCUGCAGAGUGGACCAGUGCUGUUUCAUUCGUUGCCCGUUAUGUUCCGAGGUCAACAGAGGUCGAAGUAGAGGCUGCCCUCCACAUGUGGAGGGAGAUGGAGCACGUAGCAGGAGUGCGAGGAAGUGAUGCUACAUUCAAUGUUCUAUUUGAUGUUGCCUGCAAGGCUGGCAAGUUUGUCCUGGCUGAAAUGAUCUAUAAAGAGAUGGAAGCGCGCGGCUUCGAGUUCAAUAGGUACCACCACGUUAGUAUGAUUUUCUACUACGGACUCCAAAAGAAUGGCGAUGGUGCUCGGGCAGCCUACAAAGCGCUUGUUGAAGCUGGUGAAAUGGUGGACACUGUGGUUUUGAAUGCCAUGAUAUCUGCUUUGAUUCGAGCUCAUGAGCCAACUGCGGCGGAAAAUGUUUACGAAAGAAUGAAAAAAGCCUAUUUGGAGCGGUCAGGAUCGAAGCUGCAGCCUAGACGCUUCAGGGACCGUCGCCAUAUCACUCAAAUACUGAAGGAAUGGGCCCUUAUCGCAAAGACGAAUCCAAACAUGAAGCAAGAGCUUCAAAGUCGUUCCAUUAUCGCCCCGGAUCUAGAUACCUUUCGAAUUCUAGUCAACUACUUCGCUGUCGAAGCUGGAGAAUUGGACAAAACGGCAAAGUUCUUGGAGGAAAUGAAAUGGUUCCAUUUGCCGGUACACGGCGCUUUAUUUAACGCGCUGCUGAAAGGAUUUGCAUUGCAUGGGGGUGUCCGCUAUACUCACUGGACUGAAAAACGGCUCGAAAGUGUGUGGAGAUCCUUGCUUGAAGCAUUGGAUGACGGAGUUGAAGGCAUUUAUCUUUCGAAAUGGAUGGCUACUUGGGCGCUCAGGGCUUUUGCGAAGUGCUCGGGAAAGUCAAGAACCCUUGUUGCUUGGGACGAGUUGAAAAGGAAGUGGAAACCAGGGGAAGAAGAUAUGAGUUUCAUAAUGUCAAAUUUGCGUCAGAUUCUUCAGAGUGCGGAUACAGCGCAGACGCGCCGGGACUGGGUUCUUGGAGAACCUAUGUAGAUAUAUAAUGUAGCAUACCAUGAGAGCAACUAUCUCACUUAACAGGUCGAGAUGUCAGUGUGGUUGUUGUUCUACCAAGGUAAAAUCGAUUUGGCUAGCAAAUAUAUCCUUUCGAUAGACUAUAUG